GUCUGGUAUGUGGAAUCUUCUUCGGUUAGUAGCUCGCCAUGUUUUUUACUGAGUGGGGUGUGUAGAAGAGGCCGGGGUGAAAAAUCAUCUCUCGAGGCAUGCAGUGUCAAAAUGGGAAGGAGACUAUACUUGUUAUCCUUCACUAAGACCUGCCAGCCUCAUUUCAAUGAUAUAUCCACCACUCAUGCCCAAGAAUUAAAGAAUUUUUAAACAAGAUUAUUGAAAUUCUAAGAAACAUUAACAAUCUUUCUCGGGGCAAUUAAGUAACUUAAUGCGAAAAAUUCAAAAUAAGAACUGCGGGAAAACGUUUGAUAAGUUCGUUGAUUAAUCCAAACGAUAUAGUGGUGGAUCCCAUAAAAUUGAAACAUUUAACGACAAUAAUAAAAUACCUAAAUACUGUACAUAGGAGAGAUGAUCACCCUGGAGAUAGUGAAGUUGGUUAGAGUUCCUGGGUUUAGGAGGAGAUUUAUUAAGAGGGAAUGAGGAACCCAGCCUUGCAUUUGGUCGGGAUAGCGACGUCCCCUGGAGGAGGUGAAGUCUUUGGGUCGAGGGCCGAGGAGGAGUUGCGCCAGUGGCUUGAGGCACGCCUGGACGCAUUGGGAAUUGACCCAGUUGCGUACUCGCGAUUUGUACUCAGCCUAUUGCGCCGCCCCGACUCGGCCCUAAGUCCUCCAGAAGAGGCAACUGAACUAGGUAGAGGCACAGGACGUCGCAUACGUGCCCGACCUAAAGCAAAGCUGCCAACGCAUGGUGAUAGGGAACAACGACGAACUGUUGUGCAAUGUCUGACAAGUGCUGCUGAUGACAAAUAUGGAGUAGACGCUCUAGUUGAUGAACUGUGCAUAAAACUGAAAGAAUUAGAAGGAGGAAACUCAUAUAAUGAAAGAGAAGAAUCCAAGAAAUCGAAUGAUGAGCCCAAAACAAAUUUAGAAGCUCUCACACCUCGCGAUAGAACUCUUAGAUAUUACGCAGCAUUUCCAGCCUUGCAAUCUGCAUCUGUCAAGAAAUCUCCUGCACAGAAAAAUAAAAACUUUGCCAAUAGCAAUAACAACAAAAACUACGAAAUUAAUUUGCACAAUAAUAAAAAUAACAGCGCUCGUAAUAAAAAGACUAAAAUGUCUAUCAGUAUCGAAUCACAAAGAUCAGAAGAUAAAGAAAGUUUUGGAUUUGCUAAAUCAAUGGAACGGGAAAGGGAAAAUGAACUCGAUCAAUUAAGAUUAGCGCAAUUAAAGGCGAAGUUUGAGAGCUUAGAGGCACUUUGGAAUUCAGUACCAGGCAAUGCACAUGAUACAGCUUCGAUAUGGGCAGCUCCCACACUUUCCAUUCCUUCUGGACCUCUUUGGCCCACAGACACUACCAAGACAAUCUUCACCUUACCCACUUCAGAUAAUGGUUAUGCUACUAACACACCAAAUCAAGAAUCAAUUGUUGACGAAUCACCGCUUAUUCCAUGGGAUAUUGAUCUAAUCAGCAUCGAAGAUAACGCAGAUGAAUGUAGCAAUAAAGAUAAAACAGAAUAUAAUAUAAAUUGGAUGGAUUCGGUUACGGAUGGACCCUGGUGCUGGAGAGGAAUUGACAGUAACUUAUCUACAAGUUUGUAUUGUCACAACUCUCAGACAGGUGGCUGCUUCUUUCCGGUAGCAUCAAGCAAAACUCCGCUUGGAGCUCACAAAGAAUCUCGUUCGAGUCUGAAGGUAAACAGCCUUCCAGAACCAGACGAGGAUCUAUUGACUUCCGCACGUACUCACUUUCGUCCGAUAAAGGACGAUGGUCACUGGGCAGACGGGACAACGUUUCCUGUGAAUAACACAGUAGAACGCGUUGCUUAUCGCAGAUCUGAGUCAGGAAAUUUACUGUACCUUCCUGGCGGAGAAAGCCCUUAUAUGGAGUAUCGGGAGAAUGACGCGGUGACAUUGCCCGCGUCUACGAAUUUAACGCUGAAGUUCCGGGUACGUCAGUGUGACAAAAGCGUCCAAACUGAGCCUGUGCGAUCUCCGGUCAAACGUCGCAUUCUCUCCGAACAAGAUCAUUUUCGCUAUUCUCCGGUCGGAGCUGAAGAUGCCGUUUUACAAGAGCAAGAAAAUAUCGAAAAAGAUUCUUUUGCUUUGGAUCAACUUGGCUGGGUACAAUCGAGUGUACCUCUGCACAAUGAUAGAAAAAGAAGACACAGUAGCAGCUUCGGAUGCCAGCCACUGACAACUUUGCGUCCGUUGACCUUGUGAACUGGAUAAUAUGUAAGCUGCUAAAUAAUAUAUGACUGGAGAUUUGAAGUUUAGCUAUACUUUUUUUUCGCAAGAUAAAAAAAGCGAAUGAUAGGAUUGUGAAUGGGGAUCCUCUUGGCAUGUGGAAUUUGUUAUGCAUGUAUCCAAGAAGGCACGAGUAAACCCCAUCGUCACUCGUAAUAAGCAACAUGCAAUCGAAACAAAGCAAAACACAAGAAUAUUAACUAUUCAUUUAGAUAAUUAACAUUAACCCUUUGAUGAGAAAGAAAGAGAGAAAGAGAAUAAAGAAGAAAGGGACAAAAUAAGAAAAAAAAGAAGUGUAUAUGUUACAUACAGCGUUUCACGUUGCGAAAACGUUGAAAAUGUAGUCCAUGCUAUUUCAGUUGUAGGUUGUUGAUUACUUUGUGAUUUUUUUGAGGAGAGAGUUUAGUACGCUGAUUUUUGUAGAAAAUUAUAGCAAGCAAUUUUGUUUCUCACCCGACGUGCAGGAUAGGUAUUUACUUAUCUAAUUCUUAUCGAAAAGAAAAAAACGAAAGUUACGAAUUGGAAACAAAUUCAGUUGAGUACUUAUUUUAAACGCUGCACGAUUGCAAAUCGGGUAUUUAAUUAAAAGUGCUGUUCUAUUUUCUUGUUGUUUUUCGUAAUUAUUAAUGGAUUAUCUUAAUUGUAUUCCCCCUAUAAUUAUGUUUUAACUCCCUAGAAGAUUAAUUCCUCCUCCAACCUUUUUCCUUUUCCCAUAUUCCAAAUUUCCUUGUAUCCAUUGCUUUCCCAUGUGCUCACCUUAAAGAAAUCGAAUAACUGAGAACAUACGUGUAAAAAAAAAAACGUGUAAUUUGAAAACACGCGCUUACCUUGAGAAAGGUAUGCGAGAAAAUACAAAAAAUGUUAUUCUAGCAUGCAGAUGCCUUUGAAACAAAUGUUGAGUGAUGUUAAUGCGUCGAAGGAAUGUGUCACUUAUAAACUCUGUCUUUAGGAAAUGAUGUGAAAGAAAUGCAAUGUAAAAAAAAAGAAAAAGAACGGCGCUCUUCAUAUUUCCGCAAAAUAAUGUACGGAAAAGGAUUAAUAAAGGCAUUGCAAACAUGAAAA